GCUAUGCAUUGUAGAUAGCAUUUGAUAUAUUUGAUCAUAUUGGCCUUCUUUUCUAGCCAUUUUAUCCCACAAAUAAUCAUAGUAAUCACAACUAGGUGUUCUGACUUUGUCGAGAAUGCCCAGUUUCAACUGAUUUUAAUCAUGUCAUAAAUGGUUAAAUGUCCUAGCCAUUUCAACUUGGAAAAUUACAAGAGAAGUGUGGUUUUAUCUGUAAAAAUAAGCAAAUGCUAGGCCUUUUAAUCUAAGUCUGUAACUACACAUGUGGUAUUUAUGUGUACGUGGUACUUUUCUCAUUAUAUGGGUAUUCCUUUUAUCCUUUGCCAAUUAAAUGUUGGUUUUCUCUGAGAAUCUAUCUUUGGCCUUCUUUUGAUGCUACAUUUUCUCCAAAAAAUCUCAUCCAUGCCUACAUCUUCAGUCAUUACCUGAACAUUCAGUUCAAAAGUGGAUUUUCUUUUAUCAUCCCUAAAUCUGCUCCAUUUUCAUUGACUCUGAUAUCUGUUAAUGAUCUCACUGCCCAUGCAGGAAGUGAACACAGAAACCUUGGUCAUUUCUAACUUGUUUCUUACCCUCAGACAUGUACUCAGUCGUUAAGUUCUAUUGAUUCUACAUCAAAAAUCACUCAAUAUUCUCCAGUCUUACUGAUACUGGGAUGGCUUCUAGAUCUCUUCUCAAUCCUAUUACAAUAACUGCAUUACUGGUCUCCCAGCUUCCAGUUUUAUAUCCUUCCAGGCCAUUUUCCACACUGAAAAUUUUAAAAUGCAAAUAUGCCCAUUUUUUAACCUAACAUGAAAACUUUCAGUUACUCCCUAUAUUGCCUUUAAAAUAAAAGUUAAGCUCCUUAUUAAGUCACAUGCAGUCGAUGACUUACCUUUUUGGUUUUGUUUGCAAAAUCUCUCUCACGAAUUUUGAUCUAGCCAUACUAUAUUACAUAUAAUUCCUUGCUACCUUUCCAUAUAGUCUUUAUCAUAAAAAUUUAGAGAACCAGUCAGUACCUCCAACACUGACCCUGUGGAAUUAGGUGAUUUCUCUGUACUCCCAAAGCAAACUUACAAACUAUAACAAUUAUUGUAUUAUGUUGAAAUUAUAAAUUUGUGUGUCACUUUCUAAUCUCUAAAUGUUGAACUCAAGUCAAGGAUAGUGCCUUGUUCAUCGUAUGUUUCUAGUAGUCACCCCAGUACCCCAAACACAGCAAGGUACCCAAUAAAUACUUAGAGAAUUAAUGAUAAACUAAAUAUAAUUCAUUUUUACAUACUUGAACAGUUUCCUUACAUUGCCAGUGAAAAACAUCAGUGUGGGUUUUGAUUUGUUUUGGUUCAGAAAAAUACAAUAACCAUAGUAUUUACUUGUUCCUUUAUCAACUUUGUAGGAUGAAGUCAUAUAAAAUGCUUAAGAAACUAAGUUGUACCAAUCAGUACCUUUAUCUUUCUAGUAUUUAAAAAAUUGGUUAUAAGUGUGAAAAGAGCCUUCACUUUCUAAAUAUUUUUCUUACUCAUAACCCUUUUUGUGAAGUUUUUGCUCUUGUAAAGCAAACAAGGUCUAUAAAGAAAUACUAAAGGAACUUCUCUAAAAAUCAGUCAAACUAUUGUAAGGCCCUCUUGUUUAGAGGAUGUAGCAACUUACUCAAAUGAGCUUAAGCAGAAGAAGAUACAGGUAUUAUUAGGAUGCAGAGGAUGUCAUGGAGCUCAAAGGCAAAAGUAGAGUUGAGCUGUCCCAAAGAAUAGAAUUGAUUUGGAAAGCUGACUGGAAUCAUAAUAGUACCUUUCUCAGUUUUUCUCUUUGAGAUCACAUGACAUCUUUACUUUUUUCCUUGUAUUUGCUUUAUUAUCCUCACUGUGUAGUGAACAGGUUUCUCUGAUGCUUGUGCAAAAUGGAGCUUAGUCAUCUGAAAGUUUCAAAGUUUAUGUGCUCUCCUAGUUCAUGUGCUUUUUGAUGUAACUAGCAUCAUUAUAUCAAAAUCCUGGGUGAGAACCCUGGCCCAGCUGUAGUUGAGGGCAAAUCUCUGAAGAAGAAGGUAUGAAUCUGCUAUGAAUUACAGCACCAUACAGACUUGAAUACUAACACUUCAUUAAUUUCCCUUUCUAGAUCCUGACUGAAAAUACUGUUAGAAAAAAAAAAUUGGGAAAACAGUACAUCAUUUCUGAAAUUAAAGAUGGUUAUUUGCCCAAAUAUGUACAGGAUUUUGAUGCUCAGACUCCAAAGUCUAAUUAACAGUUUUAACUUGAGUAGCUUUUCUUUAUGGAAAAGAAAGAAAUAAUAGUUUCACCCUCACUAACUGGGAGGGAUGAGGAAAAUAAGUGGAAGAUCCAACACUGCUCAUUACUUUCAUUCUAAAACUGCUACAGUGGGACAACCAAGAAUGUAUUAGGCCUUUUCAAGUUGAAAAGUGGCCUCUCUUUAAAUAUAGAAGACUCUUUCCUGACACAGAAGGCAUCACUACCAGCAAGGAAUCCUACAGUCCUGGCCACAUUCCCAUUUAUGAAAGUGACUGGAUUACUUAACUGAUAAUGUAAAUAUGUGUACACUAAAUGAUGUGAAGAGUUUAGUCUAACAGCACCUAAACAGGAAGUGAGAAGGGCCAAAGAAAAACCACUUACCUUAUUUGGGGCAUUUGUAAAGUUUUGAAAAGCUUGUAAUUGUGCUUGAAUGAAUAUAAAAGAAAAGCAACAAUGUGGAACCUAUAAAAGAGGUUAUACACCAUAAAACGAUAAAGUUACAGUCUCCAAGAGUUAGAGAAUGAACUUAUGUUUAGAAAAUAUUUGUGCAGGAGAGUAUAAACACAAAAAAUUAUAGAUGCCAUCUGUGUUAAUUCUUAAAAUUUCAAGUGAGCAUGGAGUUAGUGAACUAAGACAUGAAACAAAGAUAAAACAAGAAGCUAGAAUGAAAAGAUUACUGGCUGAGAGGCAGGAAUGGAAAAGAAGCAUAAUGAUGUGAUAGGAAAAAGUUAUAAGAAAUAAACCUGGCAUUUUUCGAACAUAAAGCUGCAUUAGAGGCAAUAAAAAGCAGAAUAAUCACUGCAGAAAAGUAAAUUAAUAAUGUGAAGAUCUCUACAGAUAGACCCUAAUAGAAUGUAGAGGAAAUGGACAAGAUAAAAAUUAUAAGAUGAAAGUAUGUUAAAUAAAAGCAGGACAAAAAAUUAUAAAAGAAAAUAAAAGGACAUUUUACAAAUUGAGUGGAUAGCAUUCCACAGAACUGAACAGAUAUGAUUUAUAGAACAGAAGCAAUAAUCAAAAAUAUGAUUCAGGAAAACUUGUUAGUUGAAGAAAAACUUGAAUCUUUAAAUUGAAAGACCUCAUUUUGUCUUAACAAGAUUAACAAAGAUGCCAAUACCUAAAUAUAUCCUGGUGAGCAUUUGGAAUUUCCAGCAUAAAAAAAUGAAAUCCAUAAACAUUCUGAUGUCUUUGCAUCUUACAAUCUAACAUGAAGCUUGUCCUAAAAAGAAAAAAAUCCAAAAUUGGAGACUAGAUAACUUAAAAAUCUUUUGAGGGCAGAAAUUAUGUAAGAUCAACAGCACCUUGAAAUGCUGAAUAAACUGUAACAACUGCCCCUUUAAAUAAAUACCUGAAUUUACCCUUUAAGUGAAUUCUAAUUUAAUUAGAAUUAAAUAAAUUCCCAAAGUGCAAAAAUUGAAGUGGUAAAUGAAAACCAGAGCUGUAAGGGGGAGCAUACUUCAACUGCCCUGAGGACAUUUUUAGACCUCGGUGGGCUUUCCUUUAAAAUGGCCUCACAGAGAUGGGUGAUAGGUUGUUUAGUGCAUACAGUUUAGGAUUUCUUAACCCCCUGUAUAAAGCCAGGAUCCUGCAAGGAUCAUAACCUCAGUGAAAGCAUAGAUUAGAAAAUAAAACCUCUCCAUUGACAAAAGGAGAAAAUAAGGAAGCUUGUGUUUCUUGGCUUGGGUUCCUGGGAACAGGGGAGGGAUGUGUGUGCAUGUGUAGGAUGCCUCUCCUGAGAAUUUUUAAUCAACUGCCUCCUCUCAAGCAGGUUUCAGUUUUUAAUCUGUAUUAAUUGUGUGGUCUAGGAACAACCAAUAAAAUACAUUAUCAGAAGAGUUGCGGGCUUGUAACAUACACUCUACACCAGACAGAAGCUAAUACAAAACCCUAUACUGGGACACAUCCUCAGACCAAGACCUCCAGGUUUCUCACAGAUAAAGCCCCAAUGAACUUUUUGUUCACAAUCCAAAAACAAAAUACACACACACUUACACACAUACUGCAAAUGAUAUUUAGAUACAACAGGAUUAGAACCUGCCAAUAACGUCAGUAGACAUAGUAAAAUUAUCAUAUAUGACUACUAUAUUAGUAACAUAAAAAUAAAUAUGAGGAAAAAAUGUAUAUAAUUCUAACAGAGCCUUAAAAUAUACAAAACAAAAUUGACCUAUGUAGGAGAAAUUGUAUAGAUAUAGACAGAGAAUUCUUACCCAGUAAUUGAAGAAUACACAGGAAUAGGUAGAACACUUACAAAAUUAAUUAUAUGACUAAAGGUAUUCAACAAAUUUCAAAUAAUUGAUAUAUAGGCUACAGUAUAUCAAUUCUUAAUUACUUAAUUACCACAAGGCAAUUAAGUUCAAUCAGUAAUAAAAAGCUUAAAAAAACAAUCACACAAAUGUAUACAUUUGGAGAUUUAAAAAUUUUAAAUAACUUACCAAAGAAUUAACUCGUAAAUUUAAGGUGUAACUAUGUAUCAGAACUUGUGGAGUGCAGCAAAAGUGGAUAUAGAGUUAAAUUUUAAGUGCUCAAAUUAGGAAAAAGAAAGACAUUCAUGAUAUAAGAAAACAAGUUUAAAAAGCCACAUGGUUAAUCAAAAGAAGAAAGAAACUAAUAAAGACAUGAGCAAAGAUCAGUGGGUGGAAUAGAAAAUAAAGAUACAUGAGAAUCAAAGGUUAGUUUAUGGAAAAAUAUUUUAAAGUACUAAUUAGAACUAUACCUAUUUUAAAAAUUAAAUCACAGAAUCUUUGAACAAAAUUAGGACUGGAGAGUUUUACAUACAAGUUUUAGGAAACAUUCAAAGAACAAAAAUUUCAAUCUUGUAUGGAAUUUUCCAGAGCAUUGAAAAAGAGAAAAUACUCUUAAAUUCAUUUACUGAUUCUAGGAUAGUUUUACGAGUCAAGCAUAGGAAAAGAAAAUUAGUUAGAUACAUUUUCUCUGAAGUUGGGAAUAGGAAAAGGAUGUCCACUGCCAUUGUUUCUGUACAUCAUUGUACUGUUAGUCAUAACCUGAGCAGUAAAACAAGAAAAACGUGGAGAGAACCAAAUUGUCAUUAUUCACAAAUGAUUUGUGAUUGGUUACAUAGAAGACUCAAGUGAAUCUACCAGUGUGAUUUCAGAAUUGACAAGAGUCUGGCAAGAUUGCCAGAUAAUAAAAAAAAAUCAAUAUAUAAACAUCGACUAUGUUCUAUACAUCAGCAACAAACAAAAAAGGUAAUUUUUUAAAAUCAGUGAAAGAGUUUCUAGCCAAAGCCAAAGAAGACUUUUUGAAAAAAUGGGAGAAUCCAACUCAGAAUAAUGCCGGACUUGAAGAUUUUGAAAGGAAAAAAACCCUUGGAACAGGUUCAUUUGGAAGAGUCAUGUUGGUAAAACACAAAGCCACUGAACAGUAUUAUGCCAUGAAGAUCUUAGAUAAGCAGAAGGUUGUUAAACUGAAGCAAAUAGAGCAUACUUUGAAUGAGAAAAGAAUAUUACAGGCAGUGAAUUUUCCUUUCCUUGUUCGACUGGAAUAUGCUUUUAAGGAUAAUUCUAAUUUAUACAUGGUUAUGGAAUAUGUCCCUGGGGGUGAAAUGUUUUCACAUCUAAGAAGAAUUGGAAGGUUCAGUGAGCCCCAUGCACGGUUCUAUGCAGCUCAGAUAGUGCUAACAUUUGAGUACCUCCAUUCACUAGACCUCAUCUACAGAGAUCUAAAACCUGAAAAUCUCUUAAUUGACCAUCAAGGCUAUAUCCAGGUCACAGACUUUGGGUUUGCCAAAAGAGUUAAAGGCAGAACUUGGACAUUAUGUGGAACUCCAGAGUAUUUGGCUCCAGAAAUAAUUCUCAGCAAGGGCUACAAUAAGGCAGUGGAUUGGUGGGCAUUAGGAGUGCUAAUCUAUGAAAUGGCAGCUGGCUAUCCCCCAUUCUUUGCAGACCAACCAAUUCAGAUUUAUGAAAAGAUUGUUUCUGGAAAGGUCCGAUUCCCAUCCCACUUCAGUUCAGAUCUCAAGGACCUUCUACGGAACCUGCUGCAGGUGGAUUUGACCAAGAGAUUUGGGAAUCUAAAGAAUGGUGUCAGUGAUAUAAAAACUCACAAGUGGUUUGCCACGACAGAUUGGAUUGCUAUUUACCAGAGGAAGGUUGAAGCUCCGUUCAUACCAAAGUUUAGAGGCUCUGGAGAUACCAGCAACUUUGAUGACUAUGAAGAAGAAGAUAUCCGUGUCUCUAUAACAGAAAAAUGUGCAAAAGAAUUUGGUGAAUUUUAAAGAGGAACAAGAUGACAUCCGAGCUCACACUCAGUGUUUGCACUCUGUUGAGAGAUAAGGUAGAGCUGAGACCGUCCUUGUUGAAGCAGUUACCUAGUUCCUUCAUUCCAACGACAGUGAGGUCUUUAUUGCCAUCAUCCCGUGUGUGCACUCUGCAUCCACCUAUGUAACAAGGCACCGCUAAGCAAGCAUUGUCUGUGCCAUAACACAGUACUAGACCACUUUCUUACUUCUCUUUGGGUUGUCUUUCUCCUCUCCUACAUCCAUUUCUUCCUUUUCCAAUUUCAUUGGUUUUCUCUAAACAGUGCUCUAUUUUAUUUUGUUGGUGUUUCAAAUGGGCAGUGUUAUGGCUACGUUAUAUUUGAAGGGAAGGAUAAGUGUUGCUUUCGGUAGUUAUUGCCAAUAUUGUUGUUGGUCAAUGGCUUGAAGAUAAACUUUCUAAUAAUUAUUUUUGCUUUGAGUAGCUCAGGCUUGGUUUUGCCAAAACUCUUGGUAAUUUUUGAAGAUAGACUGUCUUAUCACCAAGGAAAUUUAUACAAAUUAAGACUAACUUUCUUGGAAUUCACUAUUCUGGCAAUAAAUUUUGGUAGACUAAUACGUACAGCUAGACCCAGAAAUUUGGAUGGCUGUGGAUCAGAGGUUCUAGUUCCCUUUCCCUCCUUUUAUAUCCUCCUCUCCUUGAGUAAUGAAGUGACCAGCCUGUGUAAUGUGACAAACGUGUCUCAUUCAGCAGGAAAAACUAAUGAUAUGGAUCAUCACCCAGAUUCUCUCACUUGGUACCAGCAUUUCUGUAGGUAUUAGAGAAGAGUUCUAAGUUUUCUAAACCUUAACUGUUCCUUAAGGAUUUUAGCCAGUAUUUUAAUAGAACAUGAUUAAUGAAAGUGACAAAUUUUAAAGUUUCUCUAAUAGUCCUCAUCAUAAACUUUUUAAAGGAAAAUAAGCAAACUAAAAAGAACAUUGGUUUGGAUAAGUACUUAUACUUUGCAAAGUCAAAAAAUGGCUUGAUUAUUGGAAACAAUAUAGAGAUAUUCAUAUUUAAAUGAGAGUUUACGUUUGUUUUGUUUUGUAACCGUUAAAAAGAAGUUGUUUCCAGCUAAUUAUUGUGGUGUACUAUAUUUGUGAGCCUAGGGUAGGGGCACUGCUGCAACUUCUGCUUUCAUCCCAUGCCUCAUCAAUGAGGAAAGGGAACAAAGUGUAUAAAACUGCCACAAUUGUAUUUUAAUUUUGAGGUAUGAUAUUUUCAGAUAUUUCAUAAUUUCUAACCUCUUUUCUCUCAGUAAACAGAAUGUCUGAUCGAUCAUGCAGAUACAAUGUUGGUAUUUGAGAGGUUAGUUUUUUUCCUACACUUUUUUUUGCCAACUGACUUAACGAUAUUGCUGUCAGGUGGAAAUUUCAAGCACUUUUGCACAUUUAGUUCAGUGUUUGUUGAGAAUCCAUGGCUUAACCCAGUUGUUGUGCUAUUUUUUCUUUGCUUUUAAUUUUCCCCAUCUGAUUUUAUCUCUGCGUUUCAGUGACCUACCUUAAUACAACACACGAGAAGAGUUAAACUGGGUUCAUUUUAAUGAUCAAUUUACCUGCAUAUAAAAUUUGUUAUUUUCAAUCAAGCUGAUCUUAAUGUAUAUAAUCAUUCUAUUUGCUUUAUUAUCGGUGCAGGUAGGUCAUUCACACCACUUCUUUUCAUCUGUACCACACCCUGGUAAAACCUUUGAAGACAUAAAAAAAUCCUGUCUGGGAUGUUCUUUCUACCAAUCUAUAUGUCUUUCGGUUAUCAAGUGUUUCUGCAUGGUAAUGUCACGUAAAUGCUGAUAUUGAUUUCACUGGUCCAUCUAUAUUUAAAACGUGCAAGAAAAAAAAAAUACUCUGCUCUAGCAAGUUUUAUGUAACAAAGGCAUAUCGUCAUGUUAAUAAAUUUAAAACAUCAUUUGUAUAAAAUAUUUUAAUUUUCUUGUAUUUCAUUUAGACCCAAGAUCAUGCUGACCAAUGUAUUCUAUAUGUAAACUACAAAUUGUAUGGUAGCUUUGUUGUAUAUUAUUGUAAAAUUAUUUUAAUAAGUCAUGGGGAUGACAAUUUGAUUAUUACAAUUUAGUUUUCAGUAAUCAAAAAGAUUUCUAUGAAUUCUAAAAAAUAUUUUUUUCUAUGAAAUUACUAGUGCCCAGCUGUAGAAUCUACCUUAGGUAGAUGACCCCUAGACAUACAUUGGUUCUGAGGGCUAUUCAGCCAUUCCACUUUACUCUCUAUUUAAAGGCCGUGAGCAAGCUUGUCAUGAGCAAAUAUGUCAAGGGAGUCAAUUUCUGACCAAUCAAGUACAUUAAUUAGAAUAUUUUUAAAGUAUGUAAAAUUCCCAGUUUUAGCCACAAUUUAGCCAAGAACAAGAUAAAAACUUGAAUAAGAAGUAAGUAGCAUAAAUCAGUAUUUAACCUCAAAUUACAUAUUUGAAACAGAAGAUAUUAUGUUAUGCUCAGUAAAUAAUUAAGAGAUGGCAUUGUAUAAGAAGGAGCCCUAGACUGAAAAGUCAAGACAUCUGAAUUUCAGGCUGGAAAACUAUCAGUAUGAUCUGAGCCUCAGUUCUCUUGUCUGUAAAAUGGAAGAACUGGAUUAAGCAGUUUGUAAGAUUCCUCCUAACUUUCACAGCUGAUGACAAGAUUGUCUUUUUAUCUGAUAUUUUGAAGGGUAUAUUGCUUUGAAGUAAGUCUCAAUAAGGCGAUAUAUUUUAGGGUAUCUUUCUUCUUAUCUUUGACAGUGUUCUUAAAAUUAUUUGAAUAUCAUAAGAACCUUGGUGUCUGUCCUAAUUUCUUUCUCACUCACCGAUGCUAAAUACCCAGUUGAAUCAAACUGUCAACCUACCAAAAAAGAUAUUGUGGCUUAUGGGUAUUGCUGUCUCAUUCUUGGUAUAUUCUUGUGUUAACUGCCCAUUGGCCUGAAAAUACUCAUUGUAAGCCUGAAAAAAAAAAUUCUUUCCCACUGUUUUUUCUGCUUGUUGUAAGAAUCAAAUGAAAUAAUGUAUGUGAAAGCACCUUGUAAACUGUAACCUAUCAAUGUAAAAUGUUAAGGUGUGUUGUUAUUUCAUUAAUUACUUCUUUGUUUAGAAUGGAAUUUCCUAUGCACUACUGUAGCUAGGAAAUGCUGAAAACAACUGUGUUUUUUAAUUAAUCAAUAACUGCAAAAUUAAAGUAACUUCAAUGGAUAAGACAA